GACAUUUCAGUGGAAGAGCUUGGUGUGGUUUAUCCUCUCCUACCAACAUGAAGGUCGCUUUUUGCCUGUUUUUCACCCUGGCACUCUUCUUUUUGUACGCAGAUGCUUUUGAAGAUGAAGACAAGCCCGUUGAUUGCACUAACUAUCCCAGAAAAGCGUGCACCAAGGAGUACCAGCCCCAUUGUGCCUCCAAUGGACAGACCUAUGCCAACAGAUGCUAUUUCUGCAAUGCACUUGUUGAAAGUCGUGGACUAAUAACAUUGAACUACUAUGGAAAAUGUAAAGAGUAAUGCAAUUCAGAUCCAGAGGACUGAGAUAUUACUCCAAGCAACAUGGCUGUUCCUCCAUCCUUUUCCCCUCCACUUUUGUUUGCUUAGCUGGGGAAUAACUUCUAAAUUAAUUUCACUCAUCAAUAAAAUGAACUAUGCAUCCUAA